AGAAGCUCCAGUUUUCACUCAUUAUAUAUUCAUUUCUUCUUUUCUUCGUGCCAUUGUCCUGAAAUGACAAGCACACUUCCAGCCCUGGCCAUUCCAGGCCAACGUCUGGGCCCAGUGACCUCCUACACAGCCGGUCCAGGCACCCACGUACAACAGUCCAAUGUCUACGCCUCCAUCGCCGGCCCAGUCGUCGUUGAACCGGCGCAACCAGGCUCCAAAGCCAAGGCUACUCUAAGCGUCUCUCGUUCCAUCAAGGCUCCUGGAACAGGCAAUGCCCCCAAACCCGUACCCACAGCAGCUGGCGCCAAACCCAAACAGAAAUAUAACACCCUCCCCGCAGUCGACUCGGUGGUGCUGGCGCGCGUGACCAGGGUCCAGAAACGUCAGGCUACUGUGUCUAUUCUCGUUGUGCUGGAUGAAUCGGGCAGCACCCAGGGUGUCAAUCCCUCACAGACGACAUCCGAUAACGACAACAUCGAAGCGAUUCUCUCCUCCGCCGCCAAUCCCGAGAACCAUAGUAGUUCCGACGAGCUCCGCUUCCAGGCUCUUAUCCGGAAGGAAGAUGUGCGUGCUGUUGAGAAGGACCGCGUCGUGAUGGACGAGAUGUUCCGCGUUGGUGAUAUUGUGCGUGGAACUGUUAUCUCCCUCGGUGACCAGAGUUUCUACUAUUUGACGACUGCACGCAACGACCUGGGCGUUGUUAUGGCUCGUAGCGAAGCCGGCAAUAUGAUGUUCCCCGUUAGCUGGAAGGAAAUGAGAGAUUCUGUCACCGGUCAGGCGGAGUUGAGGAAGGUGGCAAGACCGUUUUGAUCGACUUGAUACCAGCUGAGGGCAUUCGUCGGUUGAUUUACUGAUGCUUCUUGCCCCCACACUUCAUUAUCAUCACGAGGCUGAGAAAGGCUCGUAUGUCGUGUCCCUUUCUUGGUACUUCGGAGAGUCGCGUGCCGGCACAGAGGGCUGGAGAGAUCCGUUGUCCCUCUCUCUUCCAGAAGAACUUGCCGCGCCCUGCUCGGAACUGUCUUGGACAGACUAUUCGACUAGAGUUGAGAUGCUCUGGACUUUUCCACGGAGCACAUGCUCCAUCACCUUGCAUACUAUUGCUGUACAUAUCAGAAGUACUGAACCAGUGCUUCGCGCUUCACAUUCAACGAUGUGUGACGAGUUACGAACAAGCCAAUUAAAGAGAAUAUAAUAACUCUGACCUUUUAGACAGCCCUGAGAAAUUAGGCGCUCAAAGCGCUGUUUGUGUACACCUCUAGUACCCAUGGUUCUGGCCUUUUCAAUGCUGAACUGCGUUUGUCACCGGAGGAAGAUAAACGGUAUCUCGGGUGGGGAAAUACUCAUCCUCGCAACCCUCGCUAUGAUUCUCCCUUCUCUUAUUUUGGGAAUUGGAGCUGCUGUAAUCAAGGGUACAAUGAUU